UACUUUUUAGUUUAGAUUCGAGGGUUGAUUUGGUCGGUUCGUUCUAUCGGAUGCAUCGGGGGCGCCAGCAAUUUUUUUCGUGUAUAAAUAAAAAAUAAAAUUAUUAUAUCUCAGUGAGCGCAUAGUGAGUGGGAAUUCGUUUUUCUAUAUAUUUUCAUUCACUCACUGUCAAAAGUGCAAUGUGUCGGUAUAAGACAUACUGACUUCUUCCAAAACCAAAAAAAAAAAUACAUAACAAAUAAAUUUUCAAAUUGAAAAUAAUGUUUAUAACGAUUCCAUGAGAGCAAAAUAAUAACAACAAAAAGUCAACAGCACCAUUAAGCGGGAGCUGCUUCUGCUACUCUGGUAAUGGAUACAGAUACAGUUUUAGCAAUAAAUUGUGAUUAAUGAUAAUUUGUUUUCUCUCUGCAUUUCUCUCUGUGUACUAUAAGUACGCGAAAUAAUUUUUGUGGAUUAAGUUUUUUUCAAAAAAAAAAAGAAAUAAAUAAAUUGCGUGUGUCGUUUUCGAAAAAUAUGCGUUUUCUACCCCAAAUGAAAGUUUUUCACUACCAGACCUACUCCAACUUUCCCUUUUCACUUCAUCUGCCGUCGCUAUUUCAUUUCAAAUAAAAUCAAACAAAAAAAAAAAAUAAAUUUAAUUGAAUUAGUGGAAGUUUUGAAAUCAGUUUUUUUUUUCAAAAAUUACGUAAAAAUUGUUUAUGGGAAUUCGUAACGGUAACGUGUUGGCGGAAGAGGAUAAUCUUUACAUUAAUUUGAAUAAUUAUUAUUUGUGUUUUCACCGGUAAUUGCGAGCGAGUGAAAAACGAGGUCAUCCAUAACCCAGUUGCAAUAUAAUAAUAAUUUUCAUUAAAUCAUCUUUACUGGAUUAAUUAUAUUGGACUAUCAAUAAAUUGCAUUGCACAAUGUGGAUAUUAAAAUAGCAGCAACUUCUGGUUUGUCGACCAGUUGGAAAUUGAUUUAAAAUGUCCCAUGAAUGUUAUUAUGUCGUUUGGAUGGCAAAGGAAAGUUUUGAUCAGCACGAUGUGUCAAGAACGACAAUUUGAGAACAACAACAAUAACAACGUGAAUUCUAUCCCAAGGCAAAAAGUCCUUUGUGUGGGUCGAACACAAAAGGAAUGAUUGUUUUGUGCGGUUUAAUGCGAAGAUAAAAGUGAAACAAAAAAAAAAGUAAAAAGCCUAUUGAAAGCGCAAACAUGUUAAGUGAUAGUAUAAAUUCUCUUCCUUUUAAUUUUAUAUUUUGUCUUACGUUAAAGUUAUGUCCCAAAUUGUUUCCCAUCAUAAAUGAAAAUAAUGGAAUUAGAGCUUAAUCCUUGUUAAGGAAAGUAAAAAAUUAAAUCCCUCUAAUGAAUUAAUUGACUGUAGGAAAGUUUACAAAAAAAAAAUAAAAGAAAAAAAACAUAUCAAAAGAAGUUAUAAUCGGCUUUCCAAAAAAAAAGUGCUUUUAUGUGAAGAGAUGAUGUGUGAUCAAACAAUUUAAAGGCUUUAUAAUACUUAAAAUACUACCAAAAAAAAAGAAACAAUUACAACGAAGCUUUCAAGGAUAAGAAUCCAUCCCAUCCAUGUGUUGUACUAUGAAAAAUGGGAACAAAUCAAAAUUCAAUACUUACAAAAUGUCUUUGGAGUAUCGUUUCCCAGCAACUAGUUCUUUUAACUGUACUCACGUCUUUGGCUGGAAGAACGGGAUGCGACGAUACACAGGAUUUCCAAAAGAACAUUCCAGCACGACUUGUGUGGGCGGCUGUGGGAAAGAGCGUAGAUCUUCCGUGCGAUUUAACCCCACCCACAGAACAGGAUUCUGUGAAACUACUUCUGUGGUUCAAGGACACAACCGGAAUUCCCCUCUACAGCUUGGAUUCACGCGGAGGAAAUGUCAAAUUAGCACCACAUUCAGCAAUAGCUAGCGAUUUGGGGCAACGAUUGUUUUUUUCAAUCGGCGACGACCCCAAAGAUUCAAGAUUGCAGAUUAGCGACGUCAAGACAUCCGAUGGCGGCGUCUACCGUUGUAGGAUAGAUUUUUUUAAUUCACCAACACGAAACUUUAGAAUAAAUUUAACUUUAGUAGUUCCUCCGGACGAACCUCGUAUAUUCGAUGCACAGGGUAAGGAAAUAUCCCAAGUGGCCGGUCCGUUCAGAGAAGGAUACGAACUUUUUUUAUGCUGCCAAGUUAAGGGAGGUCGGCCUCCACCAAAGGUUACGUGGUGGAGAGAUGAUAAGGAAAUGAUUGGAGCCAGUCACUCAUCUGUAGAAGAAGGUGUUGCGGUGAUGGUAAAUCAACUACUAAUUGGAACAGUGACGAGAGAGUAUUAUGGUUCGAAGAUACAAUGCAGAGCUCAGGGAACAAGGCUCAUACCUCCAGUAGAAAAAGAUGUCACUAUACAAGUUCAUCUGAAACCAGUGCGAGUGAAAAUUAUAACGCCCAAUGACCUACUUACAGCUGGACAUCCUGUGCCUUUGCGAUGUGAAUCGUGGGGAUCAUAUCCCGCAGCGAAAAUAACAUGGUUGCUUGAUGGAGAACCUAUACGAAGUGCUGACGUUACCGUACAUAGUGAUAGAGAGGAUUCUAAUCUAACCACAAGCAUAUUAACGUUAAAAGUAACUUCGGAAAAUGAUAACUCAGAGCUCACGUGUCGUGCAUCGAACCCCUGGUUUUCUGGAGGUGCUAUAGAGGACAAAAGGAUAAUCCGAGUUGCAUAUCCACCAAGUGUAUCGGUGCAUUUGGCAAACGAAGAUCCCAGUCGGGUGGUUACAAGGGCGGAGGGACAGAAUGUCACAUUUAAGUGCAGAGCUGAUGCAAGACCACCCGUGUCGACUUAUUCAUGGUUCAAAAACGGAAUGCGAAUGUCUGGGGAAAACUUGGAAAUAUUACAUUUGACAAUGUUGGAACGAGAAAGCGCAGGUUCUUAUGCAUGUGGAGCAACGAAUACCGAAGGAGAAACCAGAAGUUCUAGUCUAACGUUAAAAGUGCAAUACUCUCCAAGAUGCAAGCCUGGCACAGAACAAACCUCAGUGGGUGCUAUAAAUAUGCAUUCCAUAUCUGUCAAAUGUGAGGUAGAUGCCGAUCCAUCAGAUUCAGUUAAAUUCAGUUGGACAUACAACAACACAAGAAAUGUAUCUCCGGUUUUGAAUUCAAGAAUUCUAUCGAAUGGAUUGGUGAGCACAAUGACAUAUCUACCCCAAACCGAUUCCGAGCUAAUAACACUUGCCUGCUGGGCUAGCAAUGCUGUUGGACGUCAAACGACGCCCUGUUUGGUUCAUAUUCUGCCUGCCAAUACACCUGAGGCCCCGAAGGGAUGUGAAUUGCGUAACGAUACAUUCUUGGAGGUUGUUUGCGUUGCUGGCAGUGAUGGAGGCCUCCUGCAACACUUUCUUCUCGAGGUUAUCGGGGGAAAUCCAAUCUACUCGAGCGACACAACAAGAACUUUCACCGAACCUGAAACCAACGAUAAUGAGAUUUCAACGAUGAAUGAUCAGGCAACGCUUGCUCCACUGUUUCGUAUGCAAGAAUCUAACCCAAUGUUUCGAUUAAAUAAUCUUGAGCCAGGAAGGGAAUAUCAAUUCUUAGUCUAUGCUGUUAAUGCCAAAGGAAGAAGUGAGCCGCCAGUAGUUAUCGAAAGAGUUCGAGUUGCCGCACAAUUGGGACCAUACGACGAAACAAUCCUAUCGGAGGAUCCGACCCCAGCUGAAACAACACAUCAGGGCAAUGAGAAGCAAUCAACUUUACUUAUACUGGCUGCUGUGGUAGCGAUAGGCGCCGUUAUAGUUACGUCAAUUAUAGUUGCUGGAAUUGUAGUCGUUUGCAAACACCGGCCGAGACCACCUGAGCCCCAGGACGUCCGAAAGAGUAUGAGACCCGCCCGCACGGAUGUCCCUUCGAUGUACAUAGAAGAAGACGAAUUUAAUGAUGAGGAAAAUCCCAGACCGGCGGACAUAAGACACAGCAGAGUUGUCGGACCGAGGAGCAGCACCAGUAGUCAUCAUUAUGUCUCCGAAGGAUUUAUCCAAUAUCCGCAACCGAGUCUGAACGGUAGGUGGAUGACUGAUGUAACAUGCGAAAGACUUGACGGUUGCAUCUUGUAUAGUUUCUGGGAAACAAGUGAAGAUUCUUCCUAAAAGGAUGUGUAAAUUAAAUCAUAUAAAUAAUAAUUUGAAUGUGCUUUAAAACAAACACGUGCUUUCGAGUACCUCUGCUCUUCAAAUUAAACUAAAUCUCAUCUCAUUGAGAAAAAGACGUGUAUAUAUUGCAGACCCGGAUCUAAUAUUAUCGCGAGGAGAAAUAGAAUUCACCACUCUCGAUGGACACUGCAAGUAAAAAAGAAAACAAAAAAUACUUAACACAAAAUGCAGCUUCUCUCUGUUAACACAUACUUCGAUAGUAUUAGACUGCGUGUUUGGUUCUUAAGGAAUAGAAAAAAAUAUAGAUUUUAAGAGAAGAACUUCGAAUGUAUUUACCAGGUGCAUAUUGUGCUUUUUGUUAUUAAAUAUCAAUAUGACGUAUACUUUAGCAAUACUUAAAUAAAAAAAAAAAAAAA